UGAGAUAACUCGCUCUCGGGUCCGCUUUGGAGUAAAGGUUCUUGAGUAGGUGAUAUCUUAGAGGAUCUGCGCAUGGUUUCUGUCCUUCUGAAAGCUUCUACCUUCCCGGGGUGGGUGAAAUGAAGCGUCCCACAAAGUGGAAAUUACAAAGAUUAUAAUUUUCCUUAAAUCCUGCCGUCUUUAGUUCAUGUGGCGGCAGGUUUUCGGCUGAAUCACAAGUCUCUGUCGCUAUUGACUUGACUCUAACAGACCUCUGAAAUCAAAAGAACCAGAUGGAGAGGCUGAAGAUGAUGACACAACCAUUGACGUAGAGCUGGAAAAUGUGAGACCACGACCGCAAGGAUCGUCACCGGUUUAUGAAUAUGCUGUAAAUGAAUACUACAUGGACCCAGAGGACAGUUCGAUGAAUGCAGACUCUGAGUAUUCAGGCAGAGUAAGAAAGACGUCUUUCAUACGAACAUCACAUCCGUUCACAGAAAUGAGUGAGUCGGAGGAACCGAUGGAGGUUACGUUAGAUACCGAGGCGGAAACAUGCGCCAGCAACUUUACCAUAGCUGGUGGUGGACAAGAGGGAAUAAUUGUGUCGCAAGUCUUAAAGGAAUCUUCACAUUCCAAUAUAUUUUGCGUAAAAGAAGGUGAUCAGCUUUUAAGUGCUACAAUUUAUUUUGACGAUAUCACAUAUGAAGAUGCCCUUAAGAUAUUGCAGCAUUCUGAGCCGUACAGAGUGCAGUUCCAACUGAAACGCAAACUUGGGAAGGAAGAAAGAGAGAGACUGCACUCUUUUAUAGAACUCAAGCAAGAGAAAACACCCAAGGGCGAAAAUGUGGCUACUGGGACUGGAAAAAUGGAAAGUGCCCAAACCGUAAGAAAAAGGGAGAACAAAAAGAAGCGGUCAAAGAAAGACAGGCUGUCUUGGCCAAAAUUUCAGUCCAUUACCAAUACCAGGUUCCUGGGACACAGAAGGUCUCUCAGUACUUCUGAGACAAAUGAAGAAGAAAUCCCAGAUACUUCUUCAAAGGCAACAGAGGAUUACACAGAGGAAGAUGACAUCUUUAUUACUCAAAAGCAAGACAAGAGGUACGACAGGGAAUUUCCUAAAGCAGAACUCCAUGGUGGAAAAAACGCAGCUGCCGAAUCAAUGGCAGACCUAAAAACUAAAAAGACUACAGAACCAUACAGGAGAAUAAAAGAGAAAAGAAGCUUAGACAGCAGUAUAAGUGUUAAGGUGGAUCGCCAUGAUAUCCCUAAAGCCCAGAUAAAGAAAGGUUUGUCGUUGCAUUCAUCAAUUCUGUCUGACAAAGAAGCCAAAACUAUAGAAUGGCCAGAUGGUCAAAUGAAAGAAAAGUUGCCUGAUGUUGAGGUUAUAAUUGUAAAGGAAAAGAACCUACCGUCGCCAUGCAAGGUGUCGCCAAUAUCCAAAAGAGAUCUUUCCACCGGCUCACGUCACCUUGGGACCACAAUAUCUGAAACACUGAAGACAGAGAUGACGAAAACUGAAAUCAAGAUUCAGCAAUUACCGCAACAUUUUGAAAUGGUUGACCAUGACCAAGUUCAGGUGAGAGAUGAUAUUACACGCCUUGCAAAGAAUGCCAAAGGGAAAAUGGAAAAGAAGAAACUGGAACAAUCAAAGCUGGAAAGUGGUCCUAUAACGCAAAAGAGUCAAGUAUCAAGUCCCUCUGAUCAACCAACACAGGCCAUUCCAAUGGAUCCCAUGAGCAAAAGUCAUGUAAGUAAAAGCGAGGAGGUGGGUAUUCAUGUGAGAGAAACCAGGAUUCCUGACCAUGUCAAUGUAAGUACACACAGCAUACCUUUGAAAGAAAGUGACACAAGUGAGGAUCUACUUCUACUACAAAGUGAACUAUCAGACCUAGACAGGCCGACAGAAAUCGGUAGUAGAAACGUUGACUUGAAAAGCGACUUUUCUGUUGACUCUAAAGACUAUGAGUGGAAAUUACAAAUACCUGUGUUUCAGUCUCCCAAAUUCGUCACUUUCCAACAGGAAGAAGUGAUUACUGAAUCAGCAGAGCCUUUAGCUGAGGAACAAAAUUCAAGUCAACAACCAGAAAUUCCUGGUUGGAAAUUUCAAAUGCCAAUUAUCAAAAUGCCCAAAUUACCCAAACUGCACAGAAAACUACUCCGGUCUGAAGACGCUGACACUGCUGGUACUGAUGCUGUAAAUGAUGAUGAUGAUAAAAAAACUGACAGAACUAGUUCACAGAAAGAAGACUUCGGUAAAAUCAUAAACUUGGAUGCUCCUUUAUUACUAGGGGGUGUAGACGUAGAUCAGCCUCUAGAUAAAAGGUCUACGAAAGUUGAAAUCAGAAAAUCUGGCAUGGAAACAUUUAUUCCUGAGGUCCAUGCGCCAAGUGCAAAAGUAAAAACAAUUACUGGAUAUAAAUUACUGCCUUCGGAUGACAGUCAAGCCCUAGUUUCUAAAGCUGAUCCUUUUUUAGCAGACAUAGGUACAAUAUCUACCUCAAGCGUUCUUGUGACAGAUAGGAAACAACGAAGCUUAGACAAAGAGGAUGCUCAACCCAAGGUUGACUUUGUUGAUUUAGUAAUGAAAACAGAAACCGUACCUGUUCCACAUGGACCUUCAGUCUCUGGGUUAAAAGGAGAUGGGGGAAAUUUGGUUGUUGAGAUUAAUAUGCCUGGCUAUCGUCUAGAUGCUACACCAGAAGUCGGUCCAUCAACUACCGACUUUGUGCUCUCGGAGAAGUCAGUAGCUGAUGGACACGGCAGAGACUUUGAAAUUCCAAGUGAUGAUGCUGGCCGCAAGGAAAGUAUACGAAAAAUGCCAAAAUUUAAAAUGCCUUCUUUUGGUUUGUUUGGAAGAAAAGUUACAGAGAGUAGUGAGGAAGAGACAGGGGUAAAACAUGUGGAGGAACAAACCAGCAAAAAGCCCAGUGAGAGUAAAGAUAAUGAUUUGCUUCAAGAGACAGAAAAGGGCACAGAUAAAAAAAAUAAAAUCAAACUGCCGAAGGUUGGAGUAUCCCUUCCUAAACUAAGGGGGCAUAGAGGCCAGUACACUGUAUCUAAAUCUGAACAUUACAUAUCUGGUGAUGAAUUUCCCGAUGGUGAAAGUGAAGGCACCAUCAAACAGGACCAAGAGGAUCAAGAAAUUAAGCCAACUAUUAAAAGUUUAGAUAAAGAAACUGACUUUCAAAUUUCAGAAAAAGAAUGCAUUGUUGGCGGUCAAAUUGCUGAUCCUAUAGGUACUGCGGCAUUCCCCGAGUUUUCCAUGUCCAAAUUUGGUUUGGUAACGUUAGGAAAACAUAAGGAUUAUUCAUUAGAAGGACCAAAGCAAACACAUGAUAUGCAGGUAUCAGAAACAGCGGUAGAUGACAAAGACAACUUUGAAGUUCCAACUGAGAAUAUUCCUGAAGAUGUAGGACAGGACGUAACUUCGGAUUGGAAUGUGGAAAUGUUACAAGUGCAAAUGUCUGUCAUGAGGAUAUCUGAUGAGAUUGCCCGAAAAUCCCAAAUGCCGACUGCAGAUAAGCUUAUUGACAAUACUGUUACACAAACUACAUUAUCUAAUAAAAUCCAAGAAGACACUGGAGAAAUAACGGUUAAUUUUCCUCAUUUCCUAAUGCCUAAGAUAUGUGCCAUAAUAUCUAACCAGGAAGAGGAAAGCACAGAGGAGUAUGAUAGAAGAACCUCAACCGAUGUGUCCUUCAGGAAUGUGACAGAAGCUCUGGAAGCGGCACAAACAACAAGUUAUGCCUCAACAGGGGGCAAUGACACAGAUAUAUGUGACAUAGCAAAAGAUCCCUCUAUGGGUAGGAAAGAAAAUGUUGUGCCAAUUGAACUACCAGUGUUUUAUAAAGCAGACCAAAAAAUUGACAAUGAUAUUCCAUUUGUAGAUUCUUCGCUUUCGCAGACAAUUAUAAAUGAUGAACAAAAAGAGUCAGAACACAAAACAGAUAUACCCCAAGAGGCAAGUGACAUAGAAAGGCAUGGCAGUCCCUUUAAACUUCCAUCCUUAAGGUUACCUUCAUUUGGUUUACCUGGACUAAAGUCUAAAUCAAGUAAUCUCAUUGAGAAAACAAAGGCAGAAAGUGAUCAGGCAGCAAUUCAUGGUGCAGAGGAUGGCACGGAAGUGGCAAAAUGCAAAAAGAAAAUAAAAAUACCAAAGAGUAAGAAGAAAAAUAAAAUGGGCGAACAAGUGGAAGAAACGCAAAUUCCCCAAAUAAAAAGUGGUGAAUUAUAUGUAACUACAGAUAAAGAAGACCACUGCGCGUUAAUAAAGCAGGAUAGUUCAUCUGGUGCUGAUGAGAAUGUGGAUAUCACCACGAUCACUGAAAAGACAAGAUUUAGAAUAAAAAAGCAGCUACCAAAGGUUAAAAUACCAAAAGUAGAAUUAAUCAAAUCACUCAGUACUGAUACACAAGCUUUUCAUGCAAUACCCGAAAGUGAAACAAACGAGAGUGUCGAUGGUCUAGAUAUCCGGCUCGAUUCUAUAGCUCCCACAGUUUCUAUCCGUGAUGUUAAAGAUGAAGAAAAGUUGCAAACUAAAUUUAUAACAUUUGAUGUUCGGGAAUCUGACAUUGAUUUAGAUCAUUUAGACAGAACAGUCAGAUCAGACAUAGAUAUCGGAGACGAUAGCACUGAAGAUGUUAAGUCACCAGAGGACGAUACUUCGGUAUCCCACCUAUUGAUGGGGAUUACAGGCGCUAGAACUGGCACAGAAACAUCAAUGAUGAAAGAAAUAACAGAAUCAGAAUGGAAAUUUAAAAUACCAGCUGAGAAGUUGCCUUCAGAUAUUGGAUUUCAAGCUGAUAUCAUGAGUUCCGAAGUUAAGGAAAGCCAUACGGAAAAAAUAUCUCCAAAAAGUAUUAAACCAAACAAAGAAAGUAAAACUCAGGAUGAAAAUUUAGACAAGAAAAAGAUGUUUAAAAUUCCAUCGUUUAGUCUACAUAAAACCAAAAAGGAACAAUCAGUCGCCUCUGAUCAGACAUGGGAAACCAGGCAUGAGCAAAAACUCUUGGAGAUGGAUGGACAGUAUCCAGAUAAUAGCAUAGAACCUGGAAUAAAGCUAAAGAAAUCUAAAAAUAGGAAAAACAAGGAACGGGUAAAAAUGGAAGAACACGAUUUGAAAACAAGAGGCAUGAAGUAUCCUGAUAUAAGCGCUGAACAUGUGAGCAAAGAUGAUAUAGAUGUUGAAAAUCAAAUUGAUUCAACUGAAAGUAUCAAGGAAGAGAAGUCGAGCACCAGGAGGAGCUAUAAAGUAAAAUUACCAAAAUUGGAAAUUUCUACAUCUUUUGGUAAAAAGAUUAAUACAAAAGAAUCUGAUCUUAUAUUGCUAGAAAGUGACGUAACUGCUAAAAGUGCAGAAGACAACCAGGAAGCUGAAAUAAACACGUUUACUAAGACUGCAGGACAAGACGUUUCAGGUUUUCCAACAAACAUCCAAGAUGUGUCACCAGAAAUAGAAGAAGCAGCAACAGACGUAUAUGAAACUUAUUCUAUGGAAGAAAAGGUACAAAGUACAGAAGGAAGUGAAAGGUCAGGGUGGGAAGUGUCAUUCCCUUCAUUUAAAAUACCAUUUGUAAGCAAAUCUGAAAUUGAGGCAGAGAUCGACGGCGGUGACACUCAACCAGAAAAUGAAUUGGUAAUUUCAAAAGAGGUGACUGAAAGGAUAACUGACCUUAAAAAAGAAGAUCUGACAGUAUUACAUGCAAAGGAUAUUGGUGAAGAAGAAAAGGAGUCCAGUGGACGGAAAAUACAAUUCCCAGCACUGAGAAUGCCACAAUUUAGCAAAUCGGAAACUAAAGCAGACGCAGCGGAUACCGUUGAAUCUAUAGAUGUGUCUCCCCCAAAAGGAGAAGUAGUAACUGAUAAAAAGGAGACAACAAUUUCAAAAGCACCAACUGUGAUCACUUCAUCUGAAAUGACUUCAACUAAACCAGAGGAAAGUAGAGAAAUAGAAGAAAUGAAGCCAGACGAGUCAUCUGUGGAUGCAGACAUAGCAGAAGAAGCAAAAGAAUCUUCGGGGUGGAAAAUACAGCUACCCUCUAUAAAAAUACCAUUCUUUACCAAACCUGAUGAAUCUGACAUCUCACUUGUUAAGGAUCAGGGAGUGAUAUCCAAAGAAGAUGUUAAGGUUGAGGAGAAAGUGAUAAAGACAGAGACUGUAUCUGUGGAGAAAACCCACAAGCCGGAAGCUGAGAAAGAGGAAUUUACAAUUUCACUACGUCCAACAUCAACUUUAAUUCAAACAACCACCAAAACUGCAACCAGCAUGUCCAUUGAGGAAGAAGGUGGUGAUGGACAUGAUGAAGCAAUUGAGAUACAAGAAGAAAGGCAAGAGCUGAUAGGAGACGAAACAGGCGCCACAUACGCGGUCAUUGUUACACCUAAAGAAGAAUUUGUACAAGGAAAGGGUAAAGGGAAAAGACACAGGAAAAGGAUUACAAAGAUAGAAAAAACAGUGACAAGAGUUUUAAGUCCAGAAGAGGAAGCAAAACCAUCCUCAGAGACACCGGAUACAUCAACGUCUGAAACAAAAAGGGGAGUUGAGAUUGUUGAAGAAAAAAUUCCAACACCCCUGAUUGAAGUGGAAGUUCUACCUGAAAAACAAGAGACAGAAAUUGGAAAAGAGGUGAUUGAAACAAGUCAAUUGGAAUCUGCUGAACAACUAUCCCAUCAACAGAGUGAAACAACAGAAACUACACCAGAAAUUUCCACUGUGGAAGGCGAGGUACAAAGAGCAGAAGGAGAAGAACCAUCAGGGUGGAAAGUGUCAUUCCCUUCUUUUAAAAUACCAUUCCUCAGCACAUCUGACAUAAAGACAGAAAUCGAUGACGAUGACUCCCAAGAAAUAAUCGCUCAACCAGAAAGUGAAUUAACAAUUUCAAAAGAGCUGACUGAAAAGAUACCUGACCUAAAAAAAGAAGAUGCAAAGGUACUGCAUGAAAAGGAUACUGAUGAGGAAGAAAAGGAAUCCAUUGAACAGAAAAUACAAUUCCCAACACUCAGAAUGCCACAAUUUAGCAAAUCUGAAUAUAAAGCGGAGGCAGCUGAUACCAUUGAAUCCCAAGAUGUGUCUCCCACAAAAGAAGUAGUAACUGAUAUAAAGGAGACAGACAUUUUAACUGCAAUCACAUCAUCUGAGAUGUUUUCAACUAAACCAGAGGAAAGUAGAGAAAUAGCAGAAAAGAAAACAGACGAGUCAUCUAUGGAUGCAGACAUCACAGAAGAAACAAAAGAAUCUUCAGGGUGGAAAAUACAGUUACCCUCUAUAAAAAUACCAAUCUUUGCCAAACCUGAAGAAGCUGAUAUCUGCCUUGUUAAGGAUCAGGGAGUGAUAUCCAAAGAAGAUGUUAAAGGAGAGGAGAAAGUGGUAAAGACAGAGACUGUAUCUGUGGAAAAACCCCACCAGACAGAAGCUGAGAAAGAGGAAUUUACAAUUUCACUACGUCCAACAUCAACUUUUAUUCAAACAACCACCAAAACUACAACCAGCGUGUCUGUUGAGGAAGAAGGUGGUGAUGGACAGAAUGAAGAAAUUGAGAUACAAGAAGAAAGCCAAGAGCUGACAGGAGAUGAAACAGGAACGGUAUACGAAGUCAUUGUUACACCUACUAAAGAAUUUGUACAAGGAAUGAGUAAAGUGAAAAGACACCGGAAGAAGAUUACAAAGAUAGAAAAAACAGUUACGAGAGUUUUAAGCCCAGAAGAAGAAGCAAAACCAUCCUCAGAGAAACCGGAUUCAUCAACGUCUGAAAUGAAAAUGGAAGUAAGGAUUCUUGAUGAAAAAAUUGCAACACCCCAGAUUGAUGUGGAAGAUCUACCUGAAAAACAAGAGACAGAAAUUGUAAAAGAGGUGAUCAAAACAAGUCAAUUAGAAGCUGCUUCACAACUAUCCCAUCAACAGAGUGAAAUAACAGAAGCAAUAAUGGAAAUUUCCACUGUAGAAGGCGAGGUACAAAGAGCAGAAAGAGAAGAACCGACAGGGUGGAAAGUUUCAUUCCCUUCAUUUAAAAUACCAUUCCUCAGCACAUCUGAAGACAAGACAGAAAUUGAUGCCGGUGACUCCCAUGAAAUAAUCACUCAAACAGAAAGUGAAUUAAUAAUUUCAAAAGAGCUGACUGAAAAGAUAACUGAAGAUGCAACAGUAUUACAUGUACGUGAUAUUGACGAGGAAGAAAAGGAGUUCGUUGGACAGCAAAUAAAAUUCCCAACACUCAGGAUGCUACAAUUUAGAAAAUCUGUAACUAAAGAGGAGGCAGCCGAUACCACAGAAUCCCAAGAAGUUUCACCCCCAAAAGAAGUAGUAGUAACCGAUAAAAACCAGACAGAAAUGUCAACAGUACCAACUGCAAUCACUUCAUCUGAGAUGUCUUCAACUAAACCAGACGAAAGUAGAGAGAGGAAACCAGACGAGCCACCUGUGGAUGCAGACAUAGCAGAGUGGAAAAUACAGUUGCCCUCUAUAAAAAUACCAUUCUUUACCAAACCUGAUGAAGUUGACACCAACCUUGUUAAGGAUCGGGGAGUGAUAUCCAAAGAAGAUGUUGAGGAGAAAGUGAUAAAGACAGAGAAUGUAUCAGUGGAGAAAACCCACAAGUCGGAAGCUGAGAAAGAGGAAUUUACAAUUUCACUACGUCCAACAUCUACUUUUAUUCAAACAACCACCAAAACUACAACCAGCGAGUCUGUUGAGGAAGAAGGUGGUGAUGGACAGGAUGAAACAAUUGAGAUACAAGAAGAAAACCAAGAGCUGACAGGAGAUGAAACAGGAACGGUAUAUGAAGUCAUUGUUACACCUACUGAAGAAUUUGUAAAUGGAAAGAGCAAAGUGAAAAGACACCGGAAGAAGAUUACAAAGAUAGAAAAAACAGUUACAAGAGUUUUAAGCCCAGAGGAAGAAGAAACCCCAUCCUCAGAAAAACCGGAUACAUCAACGUCUGAAACGAAAAUAGAAGUUGAGAUUGUUGACGAAAAAUUUCCAACAUCCCUGAUUGAAGUGAAAGUUCUAUCUGAAAAACAAAAGAAUGAAAAAGAGGUAAUUGAAACAAGACAAUUGGAAGCUGCUGAACAACUAUCCUAUCAACAGAGUGAAACAAUAGAAGCCACACCGGAAAUUACCAUCGUGGAGGGAAAAGUACAAACCGCACAAGAAGAAGAACCAUCGGGGUGGAAAGUGUCAUUCCCUUCAUUUAAAAUACCAUUCCUCAGCACAUCUGACGUAAAGACUGAAACUGAUGACGGUGACUCCCAAGUAAUAAUUACUCAACCAGAACAUGAAUUAAUAAUAUCAAAAGAGGUGACUGAAAAGAUAACUGACCUCAAAAAAGAAGAUGCAACACUAUUGUAUGAAAAUGAUGAUAUUAAGGAAGAACAAGAGUGCAUUGGGCCAACUUCAAUCACAUCAUCUGAGAUGUCUUUAACUAAUCCAGAGGAAAGUAGAGAAAUAGAAGAAAUUAAACCAGACGAGUCAUCAGUGGAUGCAGACAUAGAAGAAGCAAAAGAAUCUUUAGGGUGGAAAAUACAGUUACCCUCUAUAAAAAUACCAUUCUUUGCCAAACCUGAUGAACUGGAUAUUUCCCUUGUUACGGAUCAGGUAGUGGUAUCCGAAGAAGAUGUUAAGAUUGAAGCUACAGUUAUAGAGACAGAGACUGUAUCAGUAGAAAAACCCCGGAAGCCAGAAGCUCAGAAUGAGGAAUUUACAAUUUCACUACGUCCAACAACUACUUUUAUUCAAACAACCACCAAAACUACAACCAGCGUGUCUGUUGAGGAAGAAGGUGGUGAUAGACAGGAUGAAGCAAUUGAGAUACAAGAAGAAAGGCAAGAGCUUUCAGAAAACAAAACAGGAACCAUAUACGGAGUCAUUGUUAUGCCUACAGAAGAAUUUGAACAAAAAAAAGAGAAAAGACACAGAAAGAAGAUUACAAAGACAGAAAAAACAGUUUCAAGAGUUUUAAGCCCAUCCUCAGAGACACAGGUCACAUCACCAUUUGAAACGAAAAUGGAGGUUGACAUUGUUUUCGAAAAUCUUCCACCACCCCAGACUGAAGUGGAAGUUUUAUCUGAAAAACAAGAGAUGGAAAUUGUAAAAGUGGUAAUUAAAUCAAGUCAAUUGGAAUCUGCUGCACAACUAUCCCAUCAACAGAGUGAAACAACAGAAGCAACAAUGGAAAUUUCCCACGUGAAAGGCAAGGAACAAAAAGCAGAAGAAGAACCAUCAGGGUGGAAAGUCUCAUUCCCUUCAAUUAAAAUACCAUUCCUCAGCACAUCUGAAGUAAAAGCAGAAAUCGAUGACGGUGACUCCCAAGAAAUAAUCACUCAACCUGACACUGAAUUCACAAUUUUAAAACAGGUGACUGAAAAGAUAAUUGACUUCAAAAAAGAAGAUCUGACAGUUUUGCAUGAAAAGAAUAUUGGGGAGGAAGAAAGAGAGUCCAUUGGACAGCAAAUACAAUUCCCAGCCUUCAGAAUGCCACAAUUUAGCAAAUCCGAAACUAAAGCGGAGGCAGCAGAUAUCACUGAAUCCCAAGAAUUGUCCCUCCCAAAAGAAGAAGUAGAAGUAAUCGAUAAAAAUGAGAUGGAAAUUUCAAAAGCACCAACUGCAAUCACUUCAUCUGAGAUGCCUUCAAUUAAACCAGAGGAAAGUAGAGAAAUAAAACCAGAAGGGUCAUCUGUGGAUGCAGACAUAGCAGAAGAAGCAAAAGAAUCUUCAGGUUGGAAAAUACAGUUACCCUCUAUAAAAAUACCAUUCUCUGCCAAACCUGAUGAAGCCGACACAUCCCUUGUUAAGGAUCAGGGAGUGAUAUCCAAAGAAGACAUUAAAAAUGAGAAGAAAGUGAUAAAGACAGAGACUGUACCAGUGGAACAACUCCACCAGACAGAAGCUAAGAAAGAGGAAUUCACAAUUUCACUACGUCCAACAUCUACUUUAAUUCAAAUAACCACUAAAACUACAACCAGCGAGUCUGUUGAGGAAGAAGGUGGUGAUGGACAGGAUGAAGCAAUUGAGAUACAAGAAGAAAACCAAGAGCUGACAGGAGAUGAAACAGGAACGACAUACGAAGUCAUUGUUACACCUACUGAAGAAUUUGUACAUGGAAAGGCUAAAGUGAAAAGACACAGGAAAAAAAUUACAAAGAUAGAAAAAACAGUAACAAGAGUUUUAAGCCCAGAAGAAGAAGCAAAACCAUCCUCAGAGACACCGGAUACAUCAACGUCUGAAACAAAAAGGGGAGUUGAGAUUGUUGACGUAAAAAUUCCAAAACCACAGAUUGAAGUGGAAGUUCUAUCUGAAAAACAAGAGACAGACAUUUCAACAGAUUUAAUUGAAACACGUCCAUUGGAAGCUGCUGCACAACUAUCCCAUCAACAGAGUGAAACAAUAGAAGCUAAACCUGAAAAUUACACUUUGGAAAGCAAAGAACACAGAGCAGAAGGAGAACCAUCAGGGUUGAAAGUGUCAUUCCCUUCAUUUAAAAUACCAUUCCUCAGCACAUCUGAAGUGAAGGAAGAAAUUUAUGACAGUGACUCCCCAGAAAUAAUUACUCAACCAGAAAGUGAAUUAACAAUUUCAAAAGAGCUGACUGAAAAGAUAACUGACCUAAAAAAAGAAGAUGCAACAGUACUGCAAGAAAGGGUUAUUGGCAAGGAAGAAAAGGAGUCCAUUGGACAGCAAAUAAAAUUCCAAAAACUCAAAAUGCCCCAAUUUAGCAAAUCCGAAGAUAAAGUGGAGGCAGCUGAUACCAUUGAAUCCCAAAGUGUUUCACUCCUAAAAGAAGAAGUAGUAACUAAUAAAAAGGAGACAGAAAUUUCAACAGCACCAACUGCAAUCACUUCAUCUGAGAUGCCUUCAACUAAACCAGACGAAAGUAGAGAAAGAAAACCAGACGAGUCAUCUGUGGAUGCAGACAUAGCAGAAGAAGCAAAAGAAUCAUCAGGAUGGAAAAUACAGUUGCCCUCUACAAAAAUACCUCUUGUUGUCAAACCUGAGGAAGCCGACACCUCCCUUGUUAAGGAGCAGGGAGUGAUAUCCAAAGAAGAUGUUAAGGAUGAGGAGAAAGUGAUAAAGACAGAGACUGUAUCAGUGGAAAAACCCCACCAGAAAGAAGCUGAGAAAGAGGAAUUUACAAUUUCACUACAACCAACAUCUACUUUUAUUCAAACAACCACCAAAAUUACAACCAGCGUGUCUGUUGAGAAAGAAGGUGGUGAUGGACAGGAUGAAGCAAUUGAGAUACAAGAAGAAAGUCAAGAGCUUCCAGAGGAUGAAACAGGAAUUAUAUACGAGGUCAUUGUUACACCUACUGAAGAAUUUGUACAAGGAAAAGGUAAAGAGAAAAGACACAGGAAGAAGAUUAGAAAGAUAGAAAAAACAGUUACAAGAGUUUUAAGCCCAGGAGAAGAAGCAAAACCAUCCUCGGAGACACCGGAUACAUCAACGUCUGAAACAAAAAUGGUAAUUGAGAUUGUUGAAGAAAAAAUGCCAACAUCCCAGAUUGAAGUGGAAGUUCUAUCUGAAAAACAAGAGACAGAAAUUUCGAAAGAGGUGAUUGAAACAAGUCAAUUGGAAGCUGCUGGACAACUAUCCCAUCAACAGAGCGAGACAAGAGAAGCUACACUGGAAAUUUCCACUAUGGAAGGUGACGUACAAAGAGCAGAAGAAGAAGAACCAUCAUGGUGGAAAGUGUCAUUGCCUUCGUUUAAAAUACCAUUCCUUAGUACAUCUGAAGCAAUGGCAGAAAUUGAUGCCGGUGACUCCCAAGAAAUACUCACUCAACCAGAAAGCGAAUUAACAAUUUCAAAAGAGGUGACUGAAAAGAUAACUGACUUCAAAAAAGAAGAUUUGACAAUAUUGCAUGAAAAGAAUAUUGAUGAGGGAGAAAAUAAGUCCACUGGACGUCAAAUACAAUUCCCAGCACUCAGAAUGCCACAAUUUAGCAAAUGUGCAACUAAAGCAGAGGCAGCCAAUACCAUUGAAUCUAAAGAUGCAUCUCCCACAAAAGAGGUAGAAACUGUAAUCACUUCAUCUAAGAUGCCUUCAAUUAAACCAGAGCAACGUAGAGAAAUAGAAGAAAUGAAACCACACGAGUCAUCUGUGGAUGCAGAAGAAGAGAAAGAUGCUUUGGGGUGGAAAAUACAGUUACCCUCUAUAAAAAUACCAUUCUUUACCAAACCUGAUGAAACAGACACCUCCCUUAUUAAGGAUCAGGGAGUGAUAUCCAAAGAAGAUGUUAAGGUUGAGGAGAAAGUGAUAAAGACAGAGACUGUAUCAGUGGAACAACCCAACGAGGCGGAGACUGAGAAAGAGGAAUUUACAAUUUCACUACGUCCAACAUCUACUUUUAUUCAAACAACCACCAAAACUACAACCAGCGUGUCUGCUCAGAAAGAAGGUGGUGAUGGACAGGAUGAACCAAUUGAGAUACAACAAGAUAGCCAAGAGUUGAUUGGAGACGAAACAGGAACGGUAUACGAAGUCAUUGUUACACCUACUGAAGAAUUUGUACAAGGAAAGGAUAAAGCAAAAAGACACAGAAAGAAGAUUACAAAGAUACAAAAAACAGUUACAAGAGUUUUAAGCCCAGAAGAAGAAGCAAAACCAUCAUCAGAGACACCGGAUACAUCAACGUCUGAAACGAAAAUGGAAGUUGAGAUUUUUGACGAAAACAUUCCAACAUCCCAGAUUCAAGUGGAAGUUCUAUCUGAAAAACAAGACAGAGAAUUUGUAAAAGAGGUAAUUGAAACAAGUCAAUUGAAAGCUGCUGCACAACUAUCCCAUCAACAGAGUGAAACAAUUGAAGCAACGCUGGCAAUUUCCACUGUGGAAGGCGAGGUACAAAGAGCAGAAGGAGAAGAACUGUCAGGGUGGAAAGUGUCAUUCCCGUCAUUUAAAAUACCAUUCCUCAGCACAUCUGACGUGAAGACAGAAAUCGAUGAAGGUGACUCCCAAGAAAUAUUCACUCAACCAGAACAUGAACUGAUAAUUUCAAAAGAAGUGACUGCAAAGAUAACUGACCUCAAAAAAGAAGAUCUGAUGGUAUUGCAUGAAAAGGAUAUUGGUGAGGAAGAAAAGAAGUCUAUUGGAUGGCAAAUACAAUUCCCAGUACUCAGAAUGCCACAAUUUAGCAAAUCUGAAACUAAAGCGGAGGCAGCCGAUACCAUUGAAUCCCAAGAUGUGUCUCCCCCAAAAGAAGUAGUAACCGAUAAAAAGGAGACAGAAAUUUUAACAGCACAAACUGUGAUCACUUCAUUUGAGAUGUCUUCAAAAAAAACAGAGGAAAGUAGAGAAAUAGAAGAACUGAGACCAGACGAGUCAUCUGUGGAUGCAGAUAUAGCCGAAGAAGCAAAAGAAUCUUCAGGGUGGAAAAUACAGUUACCCUCUAUAAAAAUACCAUUCUCUGCCAAAAUGGAGGAAACAGGGACUUCUCUUGUUAAGGAUCAGGAAGUGAUAUCCAAAGAAGAUGUAAAGGUUGAGUUGAUAAAGACAGAGAAUGUAUCAGUGGAAAAACCCCAAGAGGCGGAGGCUAAGAAAGAGGAAUUUACAAUUUCAAUACAUCCAACAUCUACUUUUAUUCAAACAACCACCAAAACUACAACCAGUGUGUCUGUUGAGGAAGAAAGUGGUGAUGGACAGGAAGAAGCAAUUGAAAUACAAGAAGAAAGCCAAGAGCUGACAGGAGAUGGAACAGGAACAACAUACAAGGUCAUUGUUACACCUACUGAAGAAUUUGAAGCAAAACCAUCCUCAGAGACACCGGAUACAUCUACGUCUGAAAUGAAAAGGGGAGUAGAGAUUGUUGAAGAAAAGAUUUCAACACCCCAGAUUGAAGUGGAAGUUCUACCUGAAAAACAAGAGACAGAAAUUAUAAAAGAGUUAAUAGAAACAAGUCAAUUAGAAUCUGCUGAACAACUAUCCCAUCAACAGAGUGAAACAACAAAAGCUACACCGGAAAUUUCCAUCGUGGAGGGCAAAGUACAAACAGCACAAGGAGAAGAACCAUCAGGGUGGAAAGUGUCAUUCCCUUCACUGAAAAUACCAUUCCUCAGCACAUCUGACGUAAAGACAGAAAUUGAUGCCGGUGACUCCCGAGAAAUAAUCACGCAAUCAGAAAAGGAAUUAACAAUUUCAAAAGAGCUGCCCGAAAAGAUAAUUGACCUCAAAAAAGAAGAUCUGACAAUUUUGCAAGAAAAGAAUGUUGGUGAUGAAGAAAACGAGUCCAUUGGGCACCAAAUACAAUUCUCACUCAGAAUGCCAGAAUUUAGCAAAUCUGUAACUAAAGUGGCAGCAGCUGAUACCAUUGAAUCCCAAGAUGUGGCUCCCCCAAAAGAAGUAGUAACUGAUAAAAAGGGGACAGAAAUUUUAACUGCAAUCACAUCAUCGGAGAUAACUUCAACUAUUCCAGAGGAACGUAGAGAAGUAGAAGACAUGAAACCAGAUGGGUCAUCUGUGGAUGCCGACAUAGCAGAAGAAGCAAAAGAAUCUUUGAGGAAAAUACAGUUGCCCUCUAUAAAAAUACCAUUCUUCCCCAAACCUGAUGAACUGGAUAUUUCCCUUGUUACGGAUCAGGGAGUGGUAUCCAAAGAAAAUGUUAAGAUUGAAGAGAAAGUGAUACAGACAGAGGUCAUUGUUACACCUACUGAGGAAUUUGAACAAGGAAAGGGUGAAGAGAAAAGACACGGGAAAAAGAUUGCAAAGAUACAAAAAACAGUUACAAGAGUUUUAAGUCCAGAAGAAGAAGCAAAACCAUCCUCAGAGACACCGGACACAUCAACAUCUGCAAUGAAAAUUGAAGUUGAGAUUGUUGACGAAAAAAUUCCAACAUCCCAGAUUCAAGUGGAAGAUCUAUCUGAAAAACAAGAGACAGAAAUUAUAAAAGAGGUGAUUGAAACAAGUCAGUUGGAGGCUGCUGCACAACUAUCCCAUCAACAGAGCGAAACAAUAGAAGCAACAAUGGAAAUUUCCACUGUGGAAGGCGAGAAAAGUAGACAAAUAGAAGAAAGGAAACCAGAAGGGUCAUCUGUGGAUGCAGACAUAGCAGAGGAAGCAAAAGAAUCUUCGGGGUGGAAAAUACAGCUACCCUCUAUAAAAAUACCAUUCUUCGCCAAACCUGAUGAAGCUGACACCAGCCUUGUUAAGGAUCAGGAAGUAGCAUCCAAAGACGACAUUAAGGUUGAGGAGACGGUGAUAAAGACAGAGACUGUAUCAGUUGGAAAAACCCAGGAGAUGGAUGCUGAGAAAAUGGAAUUAACAAUUUCACUACAUCCAACAACUACUUUUAUUCAAACAACCACCAAAACUACAACUAGCAGGUCUGUUGAGGAAGAAGGUGGUGAUGGACAGGAUGAAGAAAUUGAGAUACAAGAAGAAAGGCAAGAGAUCAUAGGAGAUGAAACAGGAACGAGAUACGAGGUCAUUGUUACACCUACUGAAGAAUUUGUACGAGGAAAGAGUAAAGAGAAAAGACACAGGAAGAAGAUAAGAAAGAUAGAAAAAACAGUUACAAGAGUUUUAAGCCCAGAAGAGGAAGCAAAACCAUCCUCAGAGAAACCGGACACAUCUACGUCUGAAACGAAAAUGGAAGCUGAGAUUGUUGAUGAAAAACUUCUGCAGAUUGAAGUGGAAGUUCUAUCUGAAAAACAAGAGACAGAAACUGUAAAAGAGUUGAUUGAAACAAGUCAAUUGGAAUCUGCUGCACAACUAUCCCAUCAACAGAGUGAAACAAUAGAAGCUACACUGGAAAUUUCCCCUGUGGAAGGCGAGGUACAAAGUGUACAAGGGGAAGAACCAUCAGGGUGGAAAGUGUCAUUGCCUUCACUUAAAAUACCAUUCCUCAGCACAUCUGACGUGAAGGCAGAAACUGACUCCCAAGAAAUAUUCACUCAACCAGAAAGUGAACCACCAGUUUCGAAAGAAGUGACUGAAAAGAUGGCUGACCUCAAAAAAGAAAAUCUGACAGAAUUGAAUGAAAAGAAUAUUGGUGAGGAAAAGGAGUCCAUUGGAUGGCAAAUAAAAUUCCCAGCCCUCAGAAUGCCACAAUUUAGCAAAUCCGAAACUAAAGCGGAGGCAGCUGAUACCAUUGAAUCCCAAGAUGUGUCUCCCCCAAAAGAAGUAGUAACUGAUGAAAAGGAGACAGAAAUUUCAACAGCACAAACUGUGAUCAUUUCAUCGGAGAUGUCUCCAACGAAACCAGAGGAAAGUAGAGAAAUAGCAGAAAAGAUACCAGACGAGUCGUCUUUGGAUGCAGAUAUAGCAGAAGAAGCAAAAGAAUCUUUAGGGUGGAAAAUACAGUUACCCUCUAUAAAAAUACCAUUCUUUACCAAACCUGAUGAAACAGGAACCUCUCUUGAUAAGGAUCAGGUAGUGAUAUCCAAAGAAGAUGUAAAGGUUGAGUUGAUAAAGACAGAGACUGUAUCAGUGGAAAAACCCCACCAGACAGAAGCUGAAAAAGAGGAAUUUACAAUUUCACUACAACCAACAUCUGCUUUUAUUCAAACAACCACCAAAACUACAACCAGCGUGUCUGUUGAGAAAGAAGGUGGUGAUGGACAGAAUGAAGCUAUUGAGAUACAAGAAGAAAGACAAGAGAUCAUAGGAGGUGAAACAGGAACCAUAUACGAAGUCAUUGUUACACCUACUGAAGAAUUUGUACAAGGAAAAGGUAAAGUUAAAAGACACAGAAAGAAGAUUACAAAGAUAGAAAAAGCAGUUACAAGAGUUUUAAGCCCAGAAGAGGAAGCAAAACCAUCCUCAGUGAAACCGGAAACAUCUACAUCUACAACGAAAAUGGAGGUUGAGAUUGUUGAUAAAAAAAUUGCAACACCCCAGAUUGAAGUGGAAGUUCUACAUGAAAAACAAGAGACAGGAAUUAUAAAAGAGGUAAUUGAAUCAAAUCAGUUGGAAUCUGCUGCACAACUAACUCAUCAACAGAGCGAAACAAUAGAAGCAACAAUGGAAAUUUCCACUGUGGAAGGCGAGGUACAAAGAGUAGAAGGAGAAGAUCCCUCAGGGUGGAAAGUCUCAUUCCCUUCUUUUAAAAUACCAUUCCUCAGCACAUCUGACGUGAAGACAGAAAUCGAUGACGAUGACUCCCAAGAAAUAAUCACUCAACCGGAACAUGAAUUUAUAAUAACAAAAGAGGUGACUGAAAAGAUAACUGACCUCAAAAAAGAAGAUCUGACAGUAUUGCCUAAAAAGGAUAUUGGCGAGGAAGAAAAGGAGUCCAUUGAACGGAAAAUACAAUUCCCAGCACUCAUAAUGCCACAAUUUAGCAAAUCCGAAACUAAAGCGGAGGCAGCUGAUACCACUGAAUCUAAAGAUGUGUCUCUCCCAAAAGAAGUAGAAACCGAUAAAAAAGGGACAGAAAUUUCAAUAGCACCAACUGCAAUCACUUCAUCUGAGAUGCCUUCAACUAAACCAGAGGAAAGUAGAGAAAUAGAAGAAAUGAGACCAGUUGAGUCAUCUGUGGAUGUAGACAUCACAGAAGAAGUAAUACAAUAUUUGAGGAAAAUACAGUUGCCCCCUGUAAAAAUACCACUUUUUGCCAAGCCUGAUGAAGCUGACUCAUCCCUUGUUAAGGAUCAGGGAGUGAUAUCCAAAGAAGAUGGUAAGGUUGAGGAGAAAGUGAUAAAGACAGAGACUGUAUCAGUGGAAAAAUCUCACAAGACAGAAGCUGAAAAAGAGGAAUUAACAAUCUCACUACGUCCAACAUCUAGUUUUAUUCAAACAACCACCAAAACUACAACCAGCGUGUCUGUAGAGGAAGAAGGUGAUGAACAGGAUGAAGCAAUUGAGAUACAAUGGGAAAGCCAAGAGUUGAUAGAUGAAACAGGAACAACAUACGAGGCCAUUGUUAUACCUACUGAAGAAGUUGUACAAGGAAAGGAUAAAGGGAAAAGACACAGAAAGAAGAUUACAAAGAUACAAAAAACAGUUACAAGCGUUUUAAGCCCAGAAGAGGAAGCAAAACCAUCCUCCGAGAAACCGGAAACCUCAACAUCUGAAAAGAAAAUGGAAAUUGAAAUUGUUGAUGAAAAAAUUCUAACACCCCAGAUUGAAGUGGAAGUUCUAUCUGAAAAACAAGAGACAGAAAUUAUAAAAGAGGUAAUUGAAACAAGUCAAUUGAAAGCUGCUGCAGAAGUAUCCCAUCGACAGAGUGAAACAGAAGCAACAAUGGAAAUUUCCACUGUGGAAGGCGAGGUACAAAGUGUACAAGGAGAAGAACCAUCAGGGUGGAAAGUGUCAUUGCCUUCACUUAAAAUACCAUUCCUCAGCACAUCUGACGUGAAGGAAGAAAUUGAUGGCGGUGACUCCCAAGAAAUAAUCACUCAACCAGAAAGUGAACUACCAGUUUCGAAAGAAGUGACUGAAAAGAUGGCUGACCUCAAAAAAGAAAAUCUAACAGAAUUGAAUGAAAAGAAUAUUGGUGAGGAAAAGGAGUCUAUUGGAUGGCAAAUAAAAUUCCCAGCCCUCAGAAUGCCACAAUUCAGCAAAUACGAAACUAAAGCGGAGGAGGCCGAUACCAUUGAAUCCCAAGAUGUGUCUCCCCCAAAAGAAGUAGUAACUGAUGAAAAGGAGACAGAAAUUUCAACAGCACAAACUGUGAUCACUUCAUCGGAGAUGUCUUCAACGAAACCAGAGGAAAGUAGAGAAAUAGCUGAAAAGAUACCAGACGAGUCGUCUGUGGAUGCAGAUAUAGCAGAAGAAGCAAAAGAAUCUUUAGGGUGGAAAAUACAGUUACCCUCUAUAAAAAUACCAUUCUUUACCAAACCUGAUGAAACAGGAACCUCUCUUGAUAAGGAUCAGGUAGUGAUAUCCAAAGAAGAUGUUAAGGUUGAGUUGAUAAAGACAGAGACUGUAUCAGUGGAAAAACCCUACAAGAUGGAAGCUGAGAAAGAGGAACUUAUAAUUUCACUACAUCCAACAUCUACGUUUAUUGAAACAAACACCAAAACUACAACCAGCGUGUCUGUUGAGGGAGAAGGUGGUGAUGGACCUGAUGAAGCAAUUGAGAUACAAGAAGAAAGCCAAGAGCUGACAGGAGAUGAAACAGGAAUUAUAUAUGAGGUCAUUGUUACACCUACUGAGGAAUUUGUACAAGGAAAGGGUAAAAUGAAAAGACACAGGAAGAAGAUUACAAAGAUAGAAAAAACAGUUACAAGAGUUUUAAGCCCAGGAGAGGAAGGAAAACCAUCCUCAGAGAAACCGGACACAUCUACGUCUGAAACAAAAAGGGGAGUUGAAAUUGUUGAUGUAAAAAUUCCAACAUCAUUGAUUGAAGUGGAAGUUCUACCUGAAAACCAAGAGACAGAAAUUUCAACAGAGUUAAUUGAAACAAUUCAUUUGGAAUCUGCUGCACAACUAUCCCAUCAACAGAGUGAAACAACAGAAGCAACACCGGAAAUGUCUACGGUGGAAGGCGAGGUACAAAGAGCAGAAGGAGAAGAACCAUCAGUGUGGAAAGUGUCAUUCCCUUCAUUUAAAAUACCGUUCCUCAGCACAUCUGACGUAAAGACUGAAACUGAUGACGGUGACUCCCAAGUAAUAAUUACUCAACCAGAACAUGAAUUAAUAAUAUCAAAAGAGGUGACUGAAAAGAUAACUGACAUCAAAAAAGAAGAUGCAACACAAUUGUAUGAAAAGUAUAUUAUUAAGGAAGAAAUAGAGGCCAUUGGACCAACUGCAAUCACUUCAUCUGAGAUGUCUUCAUCUAAACCAGAGGAAAGUAGAGAAAGAAAACCAGACGAGUCAUCUGUGGAUGCAGACAUAGCAGAAGAAGCAAAAGAAUCUUCAGGGUGGAAAAUACAGUUGCCCUCUAUAAAAAUACCAUUGUUUGCCAAACCUGAUGAAGCCGACACAUCCCUUGUUAAGGAUCAGGGGGUUAUAUCAAAAAAAGAUGUUAAGGAUGAGGAGAAAGUGAUAAAGACGGAGACUGUAUCAGUGGAACAACUCCACCAGACAGAAGCUGAAAAAGAGGAAUUUACAAUUUCACUACAUCCAACAUCUACUUUUAUUCAAACAACCACCAAAACUACAACCAGCGAGUCUGUUGAGAAAGAAGGUGGUGAGAAAGAAGGUGGUGAUGGAAAGAAUGAAGCAAUUGAGAUACAAGAAGAAAGUCAAGAGCUUCCAGAAGAUGAAACAGGGACGGUUUACAAAGUCAUUGUUACACCUACUGAAGAAUUUGUACAAGGAAAGAGUAAAGAGAAAAGACACAGGAAGAAGAUUACAAAGAUACAAAAAACAGUUACAAGAGUUUUAUGCCCAGAAGAAGAAGCAAAACCAUCCUCAGAGAAACCGGAUACAUCAAUGUCUGAAACAAAAAGGGGAGUUGAGAUUGUUGACGAAAGAAUUCCAACGCCGCAGAUUGAAGUGGAAGUUCUAACUGAAAAACAAGAGACAGAAAUGUCAACAGAUUUAAUUGAAACAAUUCAUUUGGAAUCUGCUGCAGAACUAUCCCAUCAACAGAGUGAAACAAUAGAAGCAACGCUGGAAAUUUCCACUGUGGAAGGUGAAGUACAAAGAGCAGAAGGAGAAGAACCAUCAGGGUGGAAAGUGUCAUUCCCUUCAUUUAAAAUACCAUUCCUCAGCACAUCUGAAGUGAAGGAAGAAAUCGAUGACGAUGACUCCCAAGAAAUAAUCACUCAAACAGAAAGUGAAUUAACAAUUUCAAAAGUGGUGACUGAAACGGAUAUUGAUGAGGAAGAAAAGGAGUCCAUAGGACGUCAAAUACAAUUCCCAGCCUUCAUAAUGCCACAAUUUAGCAAGUCUGUGAUUAAAGAAGAGGCAGCUGAUACCACAGAAUCCCAAGAUUUCUUUCCGCCAAAAGAAGUAGUAGUAACCGAUAAAAAGGGGACAGAAAUUUCAACAGCACCAACUGCAAUCAUUUCAUCUGAACUGUCUUCAACUAAACCAGAGGAAAGUAGAGAAAUAGAAGAAAUGAGACCAGACGAGUCAUCUGUGGAUGCAGACAUAGCAGAAGAAGGAAAAGAAUCUUUGAGGAAAGUACAGUUGCCCUCUAUAAAAAUACCAUUCUUCGCCAAACCUGAUGAAGUCGACACCUCUCUUGAUAAGGAUCAGGAAGUGGCAUCCAAAGAAGAUGUUAAGGUUGAGGAGAAAGUGAUAAAGACAGAGACUGUAUUAGUGGAAAAACUCCACCAGACAGAAGCUGAGAAAGAGGAAUUCACAAUUUCACUACAUCCAACAUCUACUUUUAUUCAAACAACCACCAAAAUUACAACCAGCGAGUCUGUUCAGGAAGAAGGUGGUGAUGGACAGGAUGAAGCGAUUGAGAUACAAGAACAAAGCCUAGAGAUCAUAGGAGACGAAACAGGAACCAUAUACGAGGUCAUUGUUACACCUACUGAAGAAUUUGUACAAGGAAAGGAUAAAGCAAAAAGACACAGAAAGAAGAUUACAAAGAUAGAAAAAACAGUUACAAGAGUUUUAAGCCCAGGAGAGGAAGCAAAACCAUCCUCAGAGACACCGGAUACAUCAACGUCUGAAAUGACAACGGAGGUUGAGAUUUUUGAUGAAAAAAUUCCAACACCGCAAAUUGAAGUGGAAGUUCUACCUGAAAAACAAGACACAGAAAUUGUAAAAGAGUUUACUGAAAUAAGUCAAUUGGAAUCUGCUGCACAACUAACUCAUCAACAGAGCGAAACAAUAGAAUCUACGCUGGAAAUUUCCACUGUGGAAGGUGAGAAGCAAAGAGUAGAAGGAGAAGAACCAUCAGGGUGGAAAGUAUCAUUCCCUUCAUUUAAAAUACCAUUCCUCAGCACAUCUGAAGACAAGACAGAAAUUGAUGCCGGUGACUCCCAUGAAAUAAUCACUCAAACAGAAAGUGAAUUAAUAAUUUCAAAAGAGGUGACUGAAAAGAUAACUGACCUCAAAAAAGAAGAUCUGACAGUAUUGCAUAAAAAGGAUAUUGAUGAGGAAGAAAAGGAGUCCAUUGAACGGAAAAUACCAUUCCCAGCACUCAGAAUGCCACAAUUUAGCAAAUCCAAAACUAAAGCGGAGGCAGCUGAUACCAUUGAAUCUAAAGAUGUGUCUCCCCCAAAAGAAGUAGAAACCGAUAAAAAGGAGACCGAAAUUUCAGCAGCACCAACUGCAAUCAUUUCAUCUGAGAUGCCUUCAACUAAACCAGAGGAAAGUAGAGAAAUAGAAGAAAUGAAACCGGAAGGGUCAUCUGUGGAUGCAGAUAUAGUAGAGGAAGCAAAAGAAUCUUCGGGGUGGAAAAUACCCUCUAUAAAAAUACCAAUCUUUACCAAACCUGAUGAAGCCGACAUCUCCCUUGUUAAGGAUCAGGGAGUGAUAUCCAAAGAAGAUGUAAAGGUUGAGGAGAAAGUGGUAAAGACAGAGACUGUAUCAGUGGAACAACUCCACCAGACAGAAGCUGAGAAAGAGAAAUUUACAAUUUCACUACAUCCAACAUCUACUUUAAUUCAAACAACCACCAAAACUGCAACCAGUGUGUCUGUUGAGGAAGAAGGUGGUGAUGGACAGGAUGAAGCAAUUGAGAUACAAGAAGAAACGCAAGAGAUCAUAGGAGACGAAACAGGAAUUAUAUAUGAGGUCAUUGUUACACCUACUGAAGAAUUUGUACGAGGAAAGGGUAAAGAGAAAAGACACAGAAAGAAGAUUACAAAGAUAGAAAAAACAGUUUCAAGAGUUUUAAGCUCUGAAGAGGAAGCAAAACCAUCCUCAGAGAAACCGGACACAUCUACGUCUGCAACGAAAAGGGGAGUUGAAAUUGUUGAUGUAAAAAUUCCAACAUCCCUGAUUGAAGUGGAAGUUCUACCUGAAAAACAAGAGACCGCAAUUAUAAAAGAAGGAAUUGGAACAAGUCAAAUAGAAUCUGCUGCACAACUAUCCCAUCAACAGAGUGAAACAACAGAAGCUACACCGGAAAUUUCCACUGUGGAAGGCGAGAAACAAAAGGCUUCGUUUAAAAUACCAUUCCUCAGGACAUCUGGCGUGAAGGCCGAAAUCGAUGGCAGUUAUUCACAUAAUAUUUCAAGUGAAAGUAUUCAAGAACAGGCCUUUAGCGAUAAAGCAAGGAGAAUGAAAUCUCCCCGGUUGUCAAUUUCAGUACAUGAGGAAAGCAUUUAUAUAGCAGAUGAAGAUGACAACUUCAUAGAUACCGGUGCAGAUCCACAGAAAGAAAUUGAUGGUCACCUUGAAAAACAAGAAACGGCGCAGGAAGCAGCCGAUUUGAUUUUUGAUGAUCAUUAUUUUAAAUCAGAUGCAUUGGCUGAAUGUAUUGAUCAGGAUAGACAAAUGGAAAUUCCUCCGGAGAAAGAUUUAAAGAAACAUAAGCUUUCUAAGGAACAACUUACUAAUCUUCCUGCCUUGCCAGUUUUAAUUUCUACUCCACAUUAUGACAAAUCUCCUGGUGAUAACAAAUUGGAACUGCAAAAAGCAUUUAACUCUUCGGUUCUUGACAAGGAGGCGUAUUCUCCUUUGACAAUGUCUCCAUCAGGUCACUCUGAUUCCAUUCAAGCUCGUGUGCCAACAGAUUUUGAUCAGCAAAAAAGCCCAGUUGUUGAAACAAGCAGAAUUGUGUUUCCUCGGUUCUCAACACCAACCAUUAAGGUCGCUGAAGAAAGCAUUUAUAUAUAUGAAGACAAUACCAAGCAAAAGCUGGAUUUCUCUAGUGAAGAACAAGGUGCUGAGAUGUCAACUUCAACCGAGAAACUUGAAACAAAAAAGCCAAUAUUCAAAAUCACUGAUAAAAAGGACAGUACUGAUGAUGAUUUUAUGAAAACCGGUAACGAGGACGCAGUAAAGGCAAAGGGUGAUCCGGUUCAUCCACCUGAAGAAAAGCAUAGGAGUCCAUUCAAGCUGCCAUCUUUUAAAUUCCCAUCUCUUAGUCUCCGAAAAAAGAAAGAAGCAUCUGUUGAUGUGUUGGAUAAGACAAAUGAGCUCAAUGAAAACGAGUUGUCACGUAAAGAUGUUUCUCUGGAGAGUGACAAGAAAUUAUCUGAAGCCAGCUUGCCUGGUUCUGAUUUUCAUGGAAUGGACCAGUCUGUCCACCAUGAUGUUGAGCAAAAAGGUACUGAAGCAGGCGAAUGUCCAUCAGGUAGGGUAGAUAUAGAGACAGAAACAUCUGAAAGCAAAAAGGAGGACACUGAAGUUAAUAUGUCUUCAGAUGCACACCAGAGGGCCACAAAAACUCAACUGGUUAGGUUAUCUCCUGAUGGAACGUUUGAACAAUCUGAUGCAUUUCACCUUGAAGAAGAAAUCAAGAUUGAAUUUCCAUUUUUCAAAAUGCCAGCAAUCUACACUAUGGAACCUAAAAAUAUUAAGAAGGGCGCCGAGGCAGAGAAAGAGAACACGGAUGAGAAAAUACUUCCUGAAAAUUCAACCAUCGUUAAGGUUGAUGACGAAAAGAGAAUCGACAGCUCUGGAAAUGCUGAAUCCAAUGAGAACAAAAUAAAGUCAUCAAGAUCUAAAUUUAAAUUAUCAUUUCCAAAGGUAAAGGUACCUGCGUUGUCACUUUCUGCUCCACAAGAAGAAGCUGAACCUUUUGAUGCCACCGCUAGUCACGAAGGGUCCACAUUUGUGCUUCCAGAAUAUGAUUUAACAACAAAGGAAGAGAUGGAAUCGGUGGCUAUCAGCUGUGUAGCUAAUCAAUCUCCCCCCGAUAUCCUGGAUAAAGCAAAGUCUGAUUCAAGAGAAGUAAAGGACGAAAGCGAAGGCCAGCUUCCCGGACAUCAAGUUGAAGGGAAAGCUGCCAUAGCUGAACCCGAGGAUUUCACCCUUUCAGAAAAUACAGAAGUAACUGGAAAAGAAGAGGCGACUCGCACAGCAGCCAUAGAGACCGGAGCAAGAUUUGCAGAGCCUGACACGUUCAAACGUGAAAAACAUCAAGAUGGAGACAUAGAGACAGUGACACUGGUAACGGGAGACCUCAAAGCCCCAGAGGUAAUCCAAACAGUAGCCGGACAAGUUAUAGCCUUUUCAUCUGAAAUUGUGAAACAAUAUGAGAUUUCCUCAUCCGAAACGAAAACGCCUUCUUUUGGCUUUUCGCUUUUGAAGAUCAAACUGCCUGAAGCUCAAAGCAAUAUAAAUACACAGGAUCUACAGAGCCAGGUUUCCACCUAUUACAGCGAAACAAAGGAUGAGAUCAUCACUUCCAAGGAAACAAGCAUAUCAGAUCCUCAAAUAGUUAAAAGGGAUGACGAGGAGUCUAAAAGGGACACCAUUAACUCAUCCCAAGUUGUCUCCUCGGUUGCCCAUGUACCAAGAUUGAAGUCUGUAAAAUUUGGAUUGAAGCAAUUUAACCAAACGGAGGAGCUUCAUUUAAGCCUUUCAGCUAGAGAUUCGAUGAUGUCGGAGGUGACAAGAACUGAAGAUUCAAAGGCAAAGCCUGAGCAGCAACCCGGAGAACCAACCGAGAAAGAGAAAUCACCGGUUCAGAAAUCACCGGUUCAGAAACCACAAAGCAGGUUUCUGUCUUGGUUUCCGAGCAUUGGAUUUUCCUCAUCAGUCGAUGAAGCUGAAACCCCCAAGGAUGCUCAAGAAGAACCAACAGAUGAAGAUCCCAGAGCAGAAAAAGAAUUAUCGUCGCCAAGAGAAAAAACGCCAUGGUUCAAAUUUCCAAAGUUAGGAUUUUCCUCUCCCAGCGAGAAACAAAAAUCAAUUGAAAAAGAACAACCCGACAACGCGGUCGAACCAGCAGAUCCAGAAAGCAAGAACCGUUCUGAUCCCAAAGAAAGUUCUACCACUGAUUCCAAAUAA